AUGACUAUCCAACUGCUCGAACGCGCGACACAGGGCUGGAAAUGCCAGCAAUGCGGACUCCCGGGAGUUCGUCUAUCCACACGCCCUGGUAGCUCCAGUGCUACCGGUCGGGCAUACUAUAAAUGUGUCCCGUGCAAUCGCUCCCUGGGCCUUUGUCCUUGCACCACCCCCGGAGACCGGACGACCUCUACGUGUCCGUGUAGUGACUCCGAGAGCAGCGAUGCCGAGUCACCCAGUCUAGAGGACGAGCCUCAUGGCGACUUCAUGUUUUCUAAGAAGCAAACGGUCAACCCACACAACCCGAACUCGGGAUUCGAUGAGGAUUGGGAAGCAAAUUGUAGUCCCGCCUUCAUGGUUUCAAGGUUCAAGGCUACGGGCAAGGAGUUGCUUUUCUGA